UUAGAAGAAGAGGUGAUCCCUGAACGACAGAAUCCGCACGCGUUAUUGAGAAUGGAAAGCAAGAUGAUUGCGGCAGAACUAGAAUCAUCCCUGAAUCUGUGAGUAAGAGGAAAUUAUAGGCCUUGUGACAUUACGUGUGGUACUGGCUCUUGAACGUGGAAGCAUUGCUUUGUUGGGAGACAUGUGAAUGUGGUUUAGCAGCCAACAAGCUUCCUGGGCAUGUGAGCUCCCGGAUUUGAAUCAAGAUCUCUGAUCCGCUUCCUUAAUUUAAUAUUAUUCUAAGAUUUCAUUCUCUGCAUCACUAUUCUCAGAUUUCGUACAAGGAAACGUGAUUGCGUGAAUCUUCUCAUUGCUUUAGGAAGAUAUGGGUUGCAAUUACGACGCAGAUCUUGCCCCUUCUCAAUUGGAGUGGCUCGAGAUUUACAAAGCCGAAAAGCUUCCGCUUUUCCACACCAUGCUUUGUUCCACAAGAUUCAGGCUCAUUUUGUUAUUGCCCCAAAGAUAGUAAAGUAGCGCCUCUCUGUUUGAGUUUAGAGAAGAAUGGGUGUUUACCUCAGCACUCCUAAAACUGAGAAGUUUUCCGAAGAUGGUGAGAACGACCAUCUUAGAUAUGGUUUAUCGUCCAUGCAAGGGUGGCGUGCAACAAUGGAAGAUGCUCAUGCUGCAUGUCUUGAUCUGGAUGCGUCCACUUCGUUUUUUGGUGUUUAUGAUGGACAUGGAGGGAAGGUGGUUGCGAAGUUUUGUGCUAAGUAUCUUCACCAGCAGGUGCUCACAAGCGAAUCAUAUCAAGCUGGAGAUAUAGGAACCUCCCUUCAGAAAGCCUUUUUCAGAAUGGAUGAGAUGAUGCGUGGCCAAAGGGGUUGGAGGGAAUUAGCGGUCUUGGGGGAUAAGAUGAACAGAUUUACUGGGAUGAUAGAAGGGUUGAUUUGGUCUCCAAGAAACAGUGAUAAUAAUGAUCAUGUUGACGAUUGGGCUUUUGAGGAGGGCCCACAUUCUGAUUUUGCUGGACCAACUUCGGGGAGCACAGCAUGUGUUGCAGUUAUUAGAGACAAUCAAUUAAUUGUUGCGAAUGCUGGUGAUUCUCGUUGUGUGAUAUCUAGAAAUGGUCAGGCAUACAACUUGUCUAGAGAUCACAAACCUGACCUUGAGGCUGAGAAGGAAAGAAUUUUAAAAGCUGGUGGUUUUAUUCAUGCUGGACGAGUUAAUGGCAGUUUAAAUCUUGCAAGAGCUAUAGGUGACAUGGAAUUUAAACAGAAUAAAUUUCUGCCUGCUGAAAAACAAAUUGUGACUGCCAAUCCUGAUAUAAACACUGUUGAGCUUUGUGAAGAUGACGAGUUUAUAGUGCUAGCAUGUGAUGGCAUAUGGGAUUGCAUGUCAAGCCAGCAGUUGGUGGAUUUUGUGCAUGAACAACUGCGUUCGGAAAGUAAACUUUCCGCGGUGUGUGAAAGAGUACUUGAUCGGUGUUUGGCUCCGUCAACUGUGGGCGGCGAGGGAUGUGAUAAUAUGACAAUGAUAUUGGUUCAGUUCAAGAAACCCAGCCAGUUCAAAGCAGCGGAAGCAGAAGAGCCAUCUGCUGAAGCUGAAGCCAAUACAGGGGAGAGGAGCCAGAGUGAGUGAGCAGGUUGUGUUUUUUCAGAUGUGGAUUGUAUAGGGUGUGCCACUGACCACUGGUUAGAAAUAAUACACUAAUGCAACAAUUCUCCGUAUAAAAUAUCCAAUGUUGUAUUGUGUUCCAUUAUCUUUUGUCUAGUAUUUUCACUUCUGAACUGCGCGUCCUGUUUUGCUUGUAACUCUUCUCAUCAGUAUUUGUAUAAUUUAUAAUUUAUAAUUGUAA